GAGCACAGUGAGCAGAGCAGAGUCAAGCAGAGCCCAGCAAGUGUUAGGGUCAAUAUUUAUAGAUCACUGCCUUCUGGAGCUGCCUCCAGGAGAGGGCCAGGGCCAGGGCAGGCAGGCAUGGAAAGAGAAAAAGCCUUCAGUGCAGGGGAGGCAACUUGGAGUUUGAAUUUCCACUGCUGAAAAAAUUUUCUUUUUGACCAUGAGGUUCAAGCUUUCCCUGCUGAAUCAUAACACUUUCGCACUGAGCUAUGACAAGGGAGGGGAAAAAAAGCUAAAAGAGCAAGUCUGUCUUGAGUCAGAAGGCUUGCUGGCAGGCUAGCCAGCCCGAAGAUCUGACAAGAGUAGCAGCAGCAAAGGAAGAUCAGUGAAAAUCAGGCAAGGCAGCCAACGGGCAGGCGGCUUAGCCUGCAAGGAAGCAGGACUCCUGCUCUUCUGCUGCAAUGGGGUGGCUGGAAGACCCAACCUGGCAGCUUCACAUUCAUUUUUCUUUGCUCGUUCUGCUGUGCAUGCACACACGGGCUAAUUUCCUUGACAAUAUGCUUUUGAGAAGUUCGGGAAAGUUGAAUGUGGACAGCAAGAAGGAAGACGGUGUGAUCACAGCCUCCACCCCUCGGCCAAAGGUCUUGCAAUGCAAAUGCCACCAUCACUGUCCUGAAGACUCUGUCAACAAUAUUUGCAGCACAGAUGGCUACUGUUUCACUAUGAUAGAAGAAGAUGAUUCCGGAAUGCCUGUGGUCACUUCAGGAUGUCUAGGAUUAGAGGGCUCAGACUUUCAGUGUCGGGACACUCCUGUUCCUCACCAAAGGAGGUCAAUUGAAUGUUGCACAGAACGGAAUGAAUGCAAUAAAGACCUUCACCCUACACUGCCUCCAUUGAAAAAUCGAGAAUUUGUGGAUGGAUCCAUACAUCAUAAGGCCAUACUGAUAUCUGUGACAGUCUGUAGCUUCCUUCUGAUUCUAAUAAUUCUAUUCUGUUAUUUUAGGUAUAAAAGGCAAGAAGCUAGACCUCGUUAUAGCAUCGGACUGGAACAAGAUGAGACUUACAUCCCUCCAGGGGAAUCUUUGAAAGAUUUAAUCGAACAAUCUCAGAGCUCAGGAAGUGGAUCAGGGCUCCCUCUGCUGGUCCAAAGGACUAUAGCAAAGCAGAUUCAGAUGGUCAAACAGAUUGGAAAAGGUCGCUAUGGGGAAGUUUGGAUGGGAAAGUGGCGUGGUGAAAAGGUAGCUGUGAAAGUGUUCUUUACCACUGAGGAAGCCAGCUGGUUCAGAGAGACGGAAAUAUAUCAGACAGUCUUGAUGAGGCAUGAAAAUAUUUUGGGCUUUAUUGCUGCAGAUAUCAAAGGCACUGGGUCCUGGACCCAACUAUACCUAAUCACAGACUACCAUGAGAAUGGUUCCUUGUAUGAUUAUCUGAAGUCUACUACCUUAGAUACCAAAGCAAUGUUAAAGUUGGCCUAUUCUUCAGUCAGUGGCCUGUGCCACUUACAUACAGAGAUCUUUAGCACUCAAGGGAAACCUGCAAUUGCACACCGUGAUCUGAAAAGUAAGAAUAUCCUGGUGAAGAAAAAUGGAGCAUGCUGUAUAGCUGAUCUGGGAUUAGCAGUUAAAUUUAUUAGUGACACCAAUGAAGUAGACAUCCCAUCCAACACUCGAGUUGGCACCAAACGUUAUAUGCCACCGGAGGUGCUAGAUGAGACUUUGAAUAGGAACCACUUCCAAUCCUACAUCAUGGCAGAUAUGUACAGUUUUGGCCUUAUUCUGUGGGAAAUUGCCCGGAGAUGUGUUUCUGGUGGAAUAGUAGAAGAAUACCAACUGCCCUACCAUGAUCUGGUACCUAGUGAUCCCUCCUAUGAAGAUAUGAGGGAGAUUGUAUGCAUCAAAAAACUCCGUCCAUCCUUUCCUAACAGGUGGAGUAGUGACGAGUGUCUACGGCAGAUGGGGAAACUCAUGACAGAAUGCUGGGCCCACAAUCCUGCAUCCCGACUCACAGCCCUUCGGGUUAAGAAAACACUUGCCAAAAUGUCAGAGUCACAGGACAUUAAACUCUGAUUGAAGGGAGAAAGUAAACAUCUGGAGAUAGCCAACAUAUUUUUUUUUCUCUUUUGUUGGCAAAACAGAAGAUGUUAAAGAUUUUCCAUAGUAGCAAUCUGGAAUGACAUCCUGCUCCUGAGCAGGAUCAGUCCACUUGCUCUCAGGGAAAACCCUGGACAAAGAGUGACAUUGCCAAUCACAGGCUCAAAGAGCCCGUAUGCAGGAAGGGAAGACCACUUGGGUAACUGAUACAAAAAUGAUGCAUGUUGCUUUCUGUGAAAGCCUUGUAUUUGGGGAUUUUUAAUGAAAAAAUAAUUUUUUUCAAAAUAAAACACAAUUUAAACAUAUAUUGUUGUAGUCAAAACAAAACACAAAGAAUAACUACCCAAAAAAUGGUACCUGAAGGGAAAAACAGAAUUACUUUCUUUUUUAUUUGUGAGAAUAUAACAUUCCAAACAAAACUAAAGAUAGUCUGUGAUGUUUGAGAAGUUGUAAUACCUUAAAAAUGACCUGUCUCCUGCUACAAAGACCACUUUGCUUAGUGCUAGAUGUAAGAGUUCUUGCAGAGAUCAGCACCCUGUUAGCCUUAUUACCACCCAGCUUGAUAUCUGACCAUGUUUUCACAUAUCUACAGGUGGUGGUCUUGGGCAGUUUCACAGAAUAUAAAAUCAUAGCACCGGUACAGUAUGUAGGACUUGAAUCAAAAUAAGUAAAUGGCAUUGUUAUUGUUCAGAAAUUCCUCAGAUUUCUGAUUCUGUUAUAUAAUUGCUGACAAAAACGCCUCUAUUUCAUUAAACCCAAACAAAUAUUUUUUUUCUUUUUCUUUUCUUUUUUUUCCCCAAGUUUUAAUUGUGGAAAUAACUGAAUAUUUCAUAUAAGUUUAACUCUCCCUGCAGGAAAGAUCAAUAGUGAGUGAAACUGUCAUCUGUUGAGAUGAAGUGUAAGUGCAUUAAGAAAGGAGAUUUUGCUUUGUUGAGUAAUCAAAGCAAAUCUGCUGUUUCUUUAUAUGUGUAAAAGAGCCAAGCUUAGAAGCAAAAUAAUGAACAUUUUGCACAAUGUAUUUCCUAUCAAAAAGGUGAAGUGCAUGACCAGUGAGGUAUUUGUGCAGUUCAAUUAAUAGAAAUCUAACUAAAUAUGUAGAGAUACAGCCUUCUAAAAAGAUAUCAGAGGACUUUCUAGAUGUCCCCAGAUAUGAUGACUUUGAGGAUUUAUUCUUUGGUACAUGUAUAUUAUAUCUGCAUCCCAGGAGGUAUUAUGCUUUUUGACUUCACUUUCAGAAUGUUGACCUGGUUUUUUACUGUAAUUGUUUUAAUCUGCUGAGGUGUGGUUCAUUUUUUAAUUUAUUUCUUCUUAAGGCAUUUAUCAGUUUACAAAUCACCUCAACUUUGGAGUUUUAACUUUGGAGUCCCAUGGAUAAGUCUCAUUAUCAAAGCCAAUAUUUCUCAGAAAAAUCAGUAGAGAUUUUUAAAAAUCAAAUCCUUCUCAACUCAUUAGAAUAAUAUUUCAUUUUCUAUUUCCAUGAUUUUCUUAGGAAGAGCAUAGAUUGGGAGAAAAGGUAAAUUCCUGGGUUUUAGCCAUCUUUUAAGACAGAUAUUGCAAGAAACUCUAGGGGGCAGUGUGAUGUCAUGUAUUUUUACCAUAAAGGUAUUUGCUGGCUUCAUAGAGACAAAAGAUUUUUGAAAACUUGGAAACUAUUUGAAAAAUCAAAGAGAAUUUUUUUUUCUGCAGCUGGUGAUUUGUUUCUUCCAGAAAAUAAAUCCUCCAAAAGUAUCUGUAAAGUCUGCUUGCCAUGCUGGUGGCAUUGCACUAUGUUCAAUAUUUUGUAAUUCAUUGUUCUGGGCUUUCCAUCCAGAUUUUAUUACAGCUGGAAAGAAGUGUUUCUUUUUUUCUGGUUGCUAAUAUUUUUCUUCUUAUCUUUUUUAAAAAAGGAUAUUGGGAUUUCGAAUCAGUUUUGAAUAAAAUGUAAGAUCUAAAUGCUGCUUUAGUCAUAAUAACUAAAAACUCAGUAGUAACUGAAUUGCCAGUUAUUAGCAUAAGAUAAAGUUCAUUUCCCUUUUUUAUGUGAAAAAUAUUCCUUUCAUUGCAUCAAAACAGGUUAGCUUACAUUAAGGUUAAUAUAUAUAUGUAAUUUGCAGAGAGCUUUUAUAUGUGUGAAAGCCAAGUUGUUCAGAGACAAAUGUGUUGGUUGUGGAAAUUCAGCAGUGAAGUAUUUGUAAAGAGGCUUUCUGGCCAAAGCACAUUAAUUACUCAGGUCUUUCCCAAAUUAAAUUUCUGUUAUUUCUCUGAAGAAAUGUCUUUUAUGUCCUUCUUGAUCAACUCUUAAGACACCUUAGAAUCAAAAGGAGAAUGAUUUCUCUCAAACUUACUUUCAGAUCCCUUGAAUCAUUUGAAAUCAUGAGUCAUUUGAAAUACGGAAGAAAUUGAAAAAUGGGUUUAGAUGUUUUUUCCAGAGUUGCUAAUAAAAAUAGCAAUAGGGAAUAAUCAUAGCCUAUCCCCCAUACUGUAUGUAUUAUUUACUCUGUUGAAUCAAGACAAAUUAUAAUGACCUUUUUAAUCACCGACCUCAAUCACUAUAAAAAGUAUUAAGAUAUAUAUUAAUUAGGUACUAAAGAAAAGACCAAUUAGGGCUUAUCUUAUGUAAAAGUUUAUAAUAACAAUUUAUGAAUAAUUCUUUCCUUUUGUUACAAAAACUAUUUUUACGGGAAUUGUUUUUUAAAAAAUCAGACUACUUACAAAAUACUAUAGAAUAGAAUAAUUUUAAUUUAAUUUUUAUUUUUAUGAAAGAUCUAGCAAAUGGGUGAAUGUUGUUAAACAGAGGAAGAGGGAGUAACCUGGAAAAUGUUUCUAUCAGUUGAUUGUUUACUUUCAGGAUUAUUCUUAAUUACAAACUAAUUUAAACUUUCUCCCCUCCCCUCAAAAUAAGAGAUUUUAAGAUAUCAAUUGGUAGAUAACGUAAUGUUUGUAUGUUAAGAUGUUCAGGUUUAUGUGUGUUUUUUAUAUAUGUGUACAUAUGUAUGUAUACAUAUAUGUGUGUGUGUAUAAAUAUAUAUUAUGUUUAAUUUGGAGUCUGGAAUAACUCCAGUAUGUGAUUAGGAAGUAAGAUAUUAUGGACGAUAAAGCACUAAAUGAAGCAUAAUAUUUAUUUAUGAUAAUACAUAGAUUGUUAAAUUUUGAGUUGUGAUUUCUCCAAAAACAAAAAUUUAUGAAGAGACAGAACUUUGGCUUUUCAGGAAAAACAAAACAGUAAUACAACAAGUCCAUUCUUUUCUUCUACAAUGCCUGAGGAAAGCAGUCUUGUACAGUGCUCACAGAUUCUGUUUACUGGUGCCAAGGUCAGCUUUGUUUAAUGCUUUCAUUGAAAUUCCAACUAGUCAGGAAUGAUAACUACAUUUCAUUGACUGAAGACCCUUUUCCUGUGUGUUCAAUUAGAAACAGCACUGUUUUAUGUCCAAUUUUCUAAUACACCUUUUUGAUGGAGGGCAUUACAGAGGUACUAAGAGAAGGGUAAUUUGAAAACUUGACUAUGUAUUUUUAAGUUACAGGUGUGUGGGGAAUUCAGUGGUGUAGAAGCUGCUGUAGCAGCCUGGGAAUGGACAUCAGAAGAAGUAACGUGUAGCACUUGUGAUUUCUCCUGUAAUAAACAAUGCCAUUUCUUUUGAAGAAAGCUUGGUGGCUUUGUAAAUUUUUUUUUAAUUUGUUUCAAAAGAAGACUCAUUUGUAUUCUUUUGUGGAACCAGUGCCUUAAUGAAUCUGUAUAUACUGUAAUUAUUCAGAAAUAGGGAACAAACAGUUAUAUUGUAUUUGGUACAAAUUGUAAAUGGCUUUGUUUUAACAUUCCCCCCAAAUAAAAUGGUAUCAUUCUCCCUAUGGAAAGAACAA